AUGCAAAGGAUUUUAAAAAUUUUCUGAAAUUAAAACAUUUUUCUCAAAAAAAAGGACUUAUUGCAUUAAAUUUUUUUUAUGUGGGUGUGUGUGUGAAAUUGGGUAAGUGAAAUUUGACUUUUAAGUGAGGAAAAAAAGAAUCAAGAAAAAAUUCUAAAGAAGUUUGGAUUUGAUCGUCUUUCAGUAGUCUGUCUACCUUCGGUAAAAAAAUAAAAUAAGGUACUUGCCUGAACCAGAUUCGCUAACUUUCUCAAAGCCAAUGAACGUCCAAUUGUCAAUAGAUUAAUUCAGAAUGUAGAACUCGAUGGAAGGUAUCCGUUAUCAGGUUGAGACGUCGAUAUCUCGAAAUCGGGAUUUAAUGAUGGAAGAUCGCUACCGACGUCUCCACUACGAGGGGGCGCCACCACAGUUCUGGACUCAGACCCCACCAAAAGCUGUUGCCCUGACUCGUUUCAAGCGCCAUCUACCGGCCAUUCCAAAGAAAAAGAGCAAGGAGUCCAGUAAAAAGGGGGAACAUUUUGACAUUUCUACAUAUGCCAAGCAUUAUAAGGAUAAAUAUGGAUCAGUUUCGGCCCAUUCAACUAGCGCAAUAUAUGGAGCUCUGAGAGCCCCGCAUUAUCACGCUAUUUAUGGACCAUCCAACAUGUGGUAUGCUUCUGUAAGAAGUCUGAAUCGGGGAUGCCCCCGAGAAGUGAUGUAUCCACCAGAAGCUUACGAGUGGAGAGAGACCCUUUAUGAAGACGUUACCAAAGAAGUGUUUUCAGUUCCUCCUCCUCCACCUGUGGAGAUAAUUCCUGGGCCAGCUUGUGCUUGUAUGGUGAGAAGACGGCCGGGACAUGAAGGAUCUUCAUCUUCCCACAUAAAAUCUUCCCGUAAUCAAACACGUUGCAAAUAUUGUGCUUCUGCUUUUCCUACUAAUGGGUCCCCAAAUGGUGGAUUACCCAUGAAAACACCUGCAAAUUCCGAAAAAAUGAAAUCUCCUUUAGUAACAGAUGACAAAACUGAUAAUAAACCUGAAUCUACGAGUAGAAUGUCCGGUUAUAAAAAGUGUGUAACUGGAAGCUCUAAAUAUAAGAGCUCAGGAUACAAAGGUUCUGGAGUGAAUGAUUCCGGAAUGAUAUCUAGGAAAUCUAUACUUGAGUGCGAUGUCACUGCUUACGAUCUAAUCAAAAAAGUUGUCAAAACCCCAUCUAUUUCUGAAAUAGACGACAGUGAUAUCGAUGACAACCUUAGUGAUAAUGCAAUAGCUAAAAUGAACAAAGCCAGAUGGUUAAAGCUUCAAAAUAAAUCUAAAUUAUCACCGGCUAGUGGAUCACCAAGACAAAUAGCGAACAAAAAAUUUGGCAAUAAAUUUAAGAAGCCGCAAAGUGAUAACACUAUCUACAGUGACUCGCAUAGCGUUUUAGUGGGAGGACAAAGAAUUUUCACAGAUAAUCAUAGAGCUAAGUCUCCCGAUUUGGAUCUUGACUGUGAUCCUUCAGAUGAUUUAGAAGUUAACUGUGAUUCUGGUAAGGCUAGGUGGAGAAAGCUGUCAGUUUCAGAUGAAUCUAUCUGUAUACCUGAUCCUGAUUAUGAUUACAGUGAUGAAAGUGAUGAAGGAACUGUAAUCAGUUCCAAGUUGAGGGAUCCCAAGUUUACCUAUUCACCUCCUCCUAUGCGCAAGUCAUCCAACUCGCCACAUAAUGGUUUAGGUUAUGCUUCUAGAGAAAUUUCUAAGUCGAUGUCGUCCUUACUUUCAGAUGACACAUAUAUUCCUAAUAUUAAUGUAAAUAAUUCCGUUCAUUCAUCCUUGAAAUCUGAAAGCAUGUUCAUGCCAUCUGACUGUGAUAACUAUGAAAACCCAUUACAGCGGGAUGACAUUUACGAUGACAAUGAUGAUUACGGAGAGUCCAGAUACGAAUCUGAAUACCAUUCAUCAAUUCCUUGUACGAAUUCUGUGAAUUCAAAACAGGAAUCGAAAUAUGAGUCAUCAAGUGAUUGCAGUAGUAGUGGAGGAACAUUGUCCUCGGAAUAUCCGACAUGGACCUCAUCGUCAUCAAAUGAGUUAAAAUCAAUUUUGAAAAAGAAGCGCAGGCGUGAUAAUGCCAUACAGGAGCCUGAAGAUGCCUCUCGCGUUUUUCAAAAUUGUAAAGAAUCUAAAGAUUCGCAAAGAAAGAAACAAGUUCAGUUCCUUCCAGGCUGUGACGAAGCUUUCUUUGAUAAUGUAUCUGUGCAAGAUAUAGAGUCAAACUUUUUAGAUUAUAAUGAGGAUCUCAAAACUGGAAAGGAAUAUUCGCCUGUAGUAAAUCAGAAUACUUACGAAACAUUACCCGAUGUUGAAGGCGAUAUAAAUGAAGAUGAAUCUUCAAGAUACGAGUACAUUUCUAAUAAAGAUGACAGUGUUCCGACAUCAAAUCACUCUUCAACUAUUCCUUCCAGUCCAGAACCUAAAGAAACUGCCAGUAAUGAACAACAAAACUCUAAUGCAUCCAAGACAACCAGCGCUGCAGAUUCGGUCAAAGCAGAUGCUGUCCAUCCUUUCCAACUUUUCCCCUCCAAUGCCCCUCCUAGUUUACCUUCAUCACCACCUCCUAAAUUACCUGUACGUUCUUCAUCUUUAGAAGAUGUUAGAGGAAGACUAUCAGAGGCCAAUGUGGCUAUACUAGAACUCAAAGAAAAAGGCAAUCGACGAAGACGAAGGACUACACUUCCUAAACGCAGAUUUUCCGACCUUAAUUUGCAUAUCCUGCUUUGUCCUAAAUCCUCCCUCUGUGGUGACGGAAGCAGUAGUGAUGACGUACCUCUUACAGCAUCUUCGCAGAGAGCUCACAGGUCGUUGCCAGAUUCACCUAGCGAACUGGACGAAGUUUCGUCAUUCUGUUUCGAUUUCUUGGAGAAAAAUUCAAAAGAAAAGGUUCUUUCUUCAUCUCGGUCCGUAUUCUAUGUACCUGUAGAGGCCAAAAGUGAAGUGACUGAAGUUCCUGAAUCUAAUGAUCAUGCAAACAGUACCUCCAAAUUGGAUCAGCAGAAUUCGCCGCCUGUGUCGCCAUCUGUUGAUAGAAAGUGUAAUACUUCAACGGAAAACGAUGAGUUGACGGAUAAUUGCGAUCUCGAUGACAAUCUUUCUCCAGAUCAAUACGAUACGGACGAGGAUAAUUUGGAAAAUGAUUAUGAAAAUUUAGAUCCAAUUUAUGAGGAACUUUCAGAUGUAACCAAUUCUUCGAAAAGACUGACGUCACUGGAAUCGAACCAGAAGUCAUUUUUUGAGGGUGCGUCUAAAAUCGACAUUCUGAGCUACCUGGAGGAUGCUAAAGAGCGUGGGAUAUCGGAAGGUCUCUCGGAGGAUGAGAAAGUGAUUAUCGAGGAAGAAGAUGAAGACCCCAAAGUACUUAGUGGAGAAGAAGAUGAUGUCGGGGAAAAGAACCGAGUGAUUACAAAUAAUAAUUUUAAUCAUAAGGAAGUGUUACUCAAAAUUGAAGAAGAUGCGGAAAAGGAGGAGAAUGUGGAAAUAGAACAUAUGGUGGCUGACACAUCCAAGAGCUCCCGUAUCUCAGAAGUGGAGAGGAAUGACAGCGGCGUGGGAACCGAGACUAGUAAACCGACUCGCAUGAAACAAUUGCCGACAACUGACUGGGAAGAGCAAUUGUGCGCAGACUGUGACCACCAGGUCGAACCUAUAGAAGAAGAAGAUUCGGGCCUGCUCUUUAGUCCGUUGGUGUGUCGCAAGUGCGAAUUCCGCAGGUGCGAGAGAAAGGAGAUUAUCAUAGAGUUUGUGGAUACCGAACUCAAGUAUGGAAGGGAUUUGCGAAUUAUAAAAGAAGAAUUUUAUCGUCCUAUGGAAAUAGCUGGUCUUUUGGCAAGAGAUCAGUUGGUUAGCAUAUUUCUAAACUUAGAUGAGCUAAUUUCCGCUAACACAAAAUUCUCUGAAAAGCUUCAAGAUGCCCUGGACAUUGCUAUGGAACAUGGUGAUGAGGAUUACAGCACCGUAAAUCUUGGUAAAAUCUUUUUGGAAUCAUCUUCGAUGUUGCAUGCUUUUGAAACCUACUGUGUGAAACAGGCUUCUGCUUCGGUACUCCUCAGCAGUUUGGAGAAAGAAAAAGAAUUAUUGCGAAUAUUUUUAAGGGUAUCACAAAUGGAAAAUACUCUGUUAAGACGAAUGAAUCUACCAGCCUUUCUGAUGGUGCCAGUUCAACGAGUCACAAGGUAUCCACUGCUCCUCAGCCGUUUGCAUAAGGUAACGCCAAUUCAUCACAAAGACAGGAAUGCUUUAAAGGAAGCCCAGCAGAAAGUGGAGCUGCAUCUUGAACAUAUAAAUCAACAAACGAAAGGAGUUGGUGGCACAAAAAUUUGGAGAAGGAUUUCAAACAUUUCGGCUUCUCAUCGUCGACUUGGAAAAGACAUUGGAAGUAUUAAACUUCGAAAGAUGGCGCUUGAGGUGUUAAAUUGGAAGCAGGAUGAAACCAGAUUUGUGAUGGCCGGUAAACUAUUAUUCACCCAAAUCACAGACUAUCCUUGGAACAAAAAGAGCAAGACAAUAAAAUUCGCACCAGUUCAUGCCUUGCUAAUAGCUCUUGGAAAACCCAAUUCCAAUUACAGACCAGAAAGUUCCUCAAUAGACAAUCCAGUUCUAUUUCCAAAAAAUACAGGCAUUCGAGAUGCAAGCUUGGUUCUUAUGAAAGAAAAGAAUGGUCGCUUUGUAACUGUUAGAGACCCUUUGUAUCUUGGAAAUUGCGUCAUCAGCUGCGACUCAGACAGUGAAGAUGUCUUCGAAAUCCAAGAAUACACAACAAAAGAAGCCUAUUUAUUAAAAGGUGAGACAAAUAAAGAUACAAAGGAAUGGCUGCGUCAAUUAAGAUAUCAUGCUAAGGAUCUGGGAUCCUGGAGGAAGCGUAGAAAUGCUUUAGCAAAUAUCAUGAUAAAUGGAAUGAUACGUCAGUGAACUGCACUUUUUUCACAAGUAUUAUAAAAAAGACAGAUCUGCUCUUUGGCUGGAAAUGUGAUAUAAAAACUUUCUUCGAACGUACUUUGCAAUGUGCAAGCACCUUUGAAUCUGUUAGUGAACUGCUUAGAUUGAAAGUAUUAGUAAUUUUUUUUUACAAACUGUGGAUUUUUUUUACGAAAAUGUGGACUUGUAUACAAUAGAAAAGGAUGGAUGAAGCCAUGAAUAUUUUUAUUGUUCCUGUUCAUACAGUUUUCAAAUCAAUCUCAUUUACUGUUAAGUCCUUCCUAUCUGUGAUGUUAACAUUCCAUGAUUUUAGAGGCAGUGAGGCUUGAUCUUUGAUAGCAGUUGAUGAAGAAACUCUAUAAUCUUGGAUCUAGUCUUUUCUUUUGAUUUAUACUUUGUAAAUGUUUUGAACUAGUUAUUGGCCCAGUGUGUUUAUAGAUACAUAUUUACAUAAGUGCAUAAAGAACAUGAAUUAGAUUUGGAAAUAAAUACUUAAUGUAUAAGCUAAAGUAUUCAGAUUACUCAUGCAUUUCAAUGUGAAUAAACUUUCAUGAGUCUUUAUUUCAUUUUGUGUCGGCUUAAUAAAUGUUUCAUUUCAAAACUGAAUAUCAUGAGAUAAGUUUAAUUUUCUAAAUCUUGUUGAUGAAUGAAUAUUAAAUAUGUGUCAAUUAAAUAAAAAUGCAUAUCCUUCAGUAAGUUAUUUGUUUUAGAAGAAUGAUAUAUAUUGCUUCUGUAUACCUUUUGAUAAAGUUAUUUAUUUUAUAUACGACUAAAACUAAUAAUAAUAAUUAUUAUUUAUAAUUAAGAUUGAACAUUUGAAAAUUUUGAGUGAUCGAGUACUAAAAGAUUUUCUUCGUUGAUAAUUGAAAUAUACUAGAAUAAAAUACCCAGGAAUUAAUCAUAUAUGCAUUAUAUAAUAAGAGAAAUUGUUUGUAAGUAGCUUUCAUUAGUAUAUAAUUCAUAAGUCAAGGUACAUUAAAUUACAUAUUUUGCACACAUACUUUCACAUUAUCUUUAAAAAGACGUACUUUUAAAAAUGACUAAAAAGAUGGCUACCAUGUAAUGUUGCCUUCAUGCUCAUUUUUUACUGCACGAAAUCUUCAAUUUAAAGUAAUGUCUAUUACUGUUUCAACAAUGAUAACUCGAAAUUUCAUGAUUUUCGAAGUGGAUUGACUCUUACCAUUCGAUUUACAUUAAGUUCUUAAUGCACUUUUAGUAAACACUGCAUCUGAUUUUGGGCAGUAAAUUUGCAAACAUUUUUGUAUAGUUUUUAACUGGAUUUCAGAAAUAAAGUAAUAUGUUGUA